GUGUGCAGUAAGAGGUAACCUAACGAGUGUUAGUGGCGCUUCUUGUGUGCUGUGGCUCACAUUUUGGUACUGGAGGCCGAGACUGUCUUGGCAACGGCGACCUCUGCAGCGACGGCUUUGGCUUUUGGAGGAGUGGCAGCGCACGGCCUGGAGGAGGGGCUUCUGGUCAGCCCAGGUUCUAUCAUAAUGAAUGGAUCUAGUGUGGCAAAUACAUCACCCAGUGUAAAAUCCAAAGAAGACCAAGGGUUAAAUGGGCACGAUGAGAAGGAAAACCCAUUUGCAGAGUACAUGUGGAUGGAAAAUGAAGAGGAUUUCAACAGACAGGUGGAAGAAGAGCUGCAGGAACAAGACUUUUUGGACCGCUGCUUCCAGGAGAUGCUGGAUGAAGAAGACCAAGACUGGUUUAUUCCAUCACGAGACCUGCCUCAGGCGAUGGGACAGUUGCAACAGCAGUUAAACGGACUGUCGGUCAGUGAUGGGCAUGAUUCUGAAGAUAUUUUGAGCAAAAGUAACCUGAACCCAGAUGCCAAGGAGUUUAUUCCAGGAGUGAAGUACUGAGCUAAGAAAGCUUUGAGGAGGACUUUUUUGUCCCCACAUCUGGGGAUAGUGAUGCACAAUAAGUUGGACCUGAAGAGGGGGGAGGGGUGGGUGAGGGGUGCAUAGCAGGGAAGGGAAAUGGUGGUUUAAUGAUACUGUGACUCUGAGUAACUCAUGUGCUCAGUCUUACUCUA